AAUAGAUAUUGUGGAUCUUUUACGUGCGCUUGUGCGGUGAGAAAUAUCGACACAGAGUGGAACAGAAACAUCGUCACUUUAAGCUUUUAUUUUGUACAGCUUUUACCUUUUCGAGCUGUAUUUUGGACCUAGUUUUGCUCAAAUUAAAACUUUUUCGCUCUCUUUCAAUUUCUGUCGCCUUAAUAACGCUGCUAAUGUCGGCCUACUCAUCUCACCUCGACCUCAGUGCACAGUAAGGUGACUCAAUGUUACUCUACACAUGGAGACUUACUGGAUGACCCAGCGGGUGUUUUACUAGAAUUAUCCGGUGAGGAGACGAGCUGGUCGGUGUGAUGAAGGAUCGACUGGCUGAACUGACUCCUAGUAGGACACGAGCAGACGAGGAUGUUGCAGUCGCAGUGGACAGAGAUGGCUUCAUGGAGAGCUAUUUCAGAAGGGUGGAAGAAGUCAGAGGACUCAUUGAUAAGAUCUCCCACCAAGUGGAGGAGGUGAGGAAGAUACACAGCAUGAUCCUGUCUGCACCCAACCCGGAUGACAGAACAAAGGACCAGCUGGAUGCGCUGACCAACGAUAUCAAAGGGAAUGCCAACGUGGUGCGAACUAAACUGAAAUCCAUGGAGCAAAGUAUGCCUAAAGAUGAUGCAGCGAACAGAUCCUCUGUUGACUUCAGGAUCCAGAAAACACAGCACACAGUGCUGUCCAGGAAGUUUGUGGAAGUCAUGACCCAGUACAACGAGACUCAAGUGUCCUUUCGGGAAAGAAGCAAAGGAAGGAUCCAGAGACAGCUGGAGAUAACUGGAAAAGUGACAACCAAUGAAGAACUAGAGGGCAUGUUAGAAAGUGGAAACCCAUCUAUCUUCACAUCUGAUAUUAUUUCCGAUUCCCAGAUCACACGUCAGGCUCUAAAUGAGAUAGAGUCACGACACCAGGACAUCAUGCGGCUGGAGACGAGCAUCAGAGAGCUCCAUGCGAUGUUCAUGGACAUGGCAAUGCUGGUAGAGGCUCAGGGGGAUAUGGUUAACAACAUUGAGAAGAACGUCUCCAAUGCAGCCGAAUACAUUUGUAGUGCAAAAGAAGAGACCAAAAAAGCAGUGAGAUACCAGAAGAAAUCCCGGAGGAAAUACAUUAUCCUGGCCUUUGCUCUGUUGAUCCUGCUUGCUGUCAUUGCACUAAUUGUCGGCCUGUCUGUUGGACUAACUAAACCCCCCGUAUGAGAAGCACUGUGAUUUCUGCGUGAGAAACUUAUCGGCCUUGCCGUGUGUGGGGUCGUCGCGUUACUCCUUUUACUCAUCAUAAUAGUUGGAGUCUUUGAGUGAUGGACUUACUCACAAAUCAGCUGUCGUCAGCUCCUGUAGUGAUGAAACAGCUUUAUAAUAAGUCUUUCACCAUGCAACAGCAUUACAGAGAUGAUCUUAUAUAAUGUGUGUGAUCCACUUUGCACCAGUAACGUCGCUAUAUAGCUAGCAUAAAGCAUCCUGUCAGCACACAUCCCUUUCCUUUAGCGGUAGGGCUGCACGAUAUGAGGAUGAAUAUUGCAAUACUCAUAUUAUUUGCGAUAAACAGUCAGAUAUUAAAGAGUACUCAGUUCUGCUGCUUUCAAAAUACUGCUAAAAACACAACAAAUUGCUUGUUGAGUUAAUUCUGCUUCAUCCGACUGAAUGCAAUAUUGCAGUCUUUCGCAACGUGUUUAUCGCACAAGUUGACGAUAAAAAAACGAUAUAUUGUGCAGCCCUACUUAGCGGUGAUAUGAUGAACACUGCUGUGCAUUCUGUAUUGCUCAUGACUUUAAAUUACAUUUUGUGAAAUGAGCUCAUUCGCUUUCUUGCCCAGAGUGAGACGAGAAGAUUGACGCUACACAUGUCUGUACAGUAAAUAUGAAGCAUUAGGAAUCACUAGCAGCCGGAUAGCUUAGCUUAGCUUAGCAUAAAGAUUGGAAACAGGAAAAACAGCCUGGCUGUUACUAAAGUAGGAAAUAAGAGACGGUUUGGGGUUACAUGGGGUUAUGUGCCAAACUAUUUAUCUUAUGGUCGCAGUCACUUCCUGGAGUCUUGUUGUUGUUAUGCGGUUGCCAGACGACAAGCGGAGGCUCCACAUGUCAAUUUCCCUAGCACAUAGCCCGUCAUAAAAACCACAGUGUGUCAUUUCUAGACUUCUGUUUGUGUACAGAUUAAACAAACAAGAUAGUGAUAGUAAUGGGGGUAGUUUGUGAGCCUUAGAGACGUGGUAUGCCGAUGUUGUUACUUUUGGACAGAGCCAGGCUAGCUGUUUCCCUUUGCUCUCAGUCUUUAUGCUAAGCUAAGCUAACCGGCUGCAGCUUACUCAUGACAAGAAAGCCAUUAAGUGCUUUUCUCAAAAUGUCAAACUACUGCUUUAAUAUUCAAAAGAUAUUGCGACAAUUCUCUUUAUAAAUUGAUUGUAUAAUUUGUGUUUACAUGUUCAAGUGUAUGCUCGUUAUGUUCUCUUGUAUAAUUACUGUAAUUCAUGUGAAUUGAAUGUAAAACUACUUCAGCUCAGGAGUCCUUUAGAAAUAGAAAAUUGUGAAACAUAUUCUCUGUAAGCUUUUCUACUUAACUCAAUCUCAAUCAGAAGAAAUAUUUUCAGAUCAAUCGAAUGGAGUUCACUCUAUUCAAUAACUCUAAAACUUUACAUAAGUGCCUUGUUGACAUUUAAUAUGAAACCUUAACUUAUUGAAUAGAUUAUAUUUAUCACGAUCACUGUGUGGCAUGACUGAAAUAUUAAUUGUGAAAAAAGAAAUGCUAAAUGUAAAGCUUUUGGAUGAUAUUUCAAGAGCACACAUUUCAAUUUUGAUACAUUUGAUUAUUUUUUAUUAAUUAAAAGAUAAAGAGUGAAAUGUAUUUGCAGAGGUGUAUUGUUUGUUUACUUCCUUUCAUAUCAAAGUUGAUAAAGUUGAAUUCAUUAGUCAUAAAUACAGGAGCACUUUUAAACAUGUCUGAAUUUGUCGAACAAGGUUAUUUUCUCUGAUCUUUUAUCACAUUUGGUUUGUUUAGAGGAAAACAGAAAGAAGCAGAGGGUGCUGUUUACUUCAGGACUAAUAAGCACUUUGCACAAAGCUCUUGACUUCUGUGUAAUCAACCAAAUAAGAUUAGUGAAGAAAGUGGAAGCAAGUCCCCGUAGGGCAAGUUCUUUUCCCUCUUUGAAUUAGAUCAAAGGAAACUUCAGAGGUGCACUUAGAGCGAAAUGCCAGUGCAUGUCCUUAAAAUCUGUACGUGAGGGUGCUUCAGGUCACAGAGCGAGACAUCCGAGACGUCAAGUCCAGUGAUAUUAUGAACUGUGAUUUAACUUGGACACGGCCCUUUAUUUGGAUGAGUAAUUGUUGUGGCACUGAAGGUGUUGGAAGCUUUGGUCAAUGAGAUAUAGAGGUAUAUAUUGUGAGAUACAGAGGGGUUGUUUCACCUUAUUUCUCAAUGUCCUUUUACAUUUUUAAAGAAGUGUACUUAGUCCAGUAGCUCUUAUUAAGCCACACUGUCUUGAUACUUUUUACACCUUGACUUAAGCUGUGUAAUCGUGAUUACAAUGACCUGAUGGAUGUUUUCUCUGAAUUAAAAGUGAACUGUUUUAGUUGCUGAGUCCAA